AUGGCUGAGUGGGAAUUACUACUCUCAUUCUCCUUCUUCGCAUGCAUCACACUCAAGAUAUUGUUCAGAUUUUUGGAAGAGAUGAUGAAUAGAAAGAAGCUUCCCCCAGGCCCUAUGCCACUUCCUGUAAUAGGCAACUUGCACCAAAUCGGCAUUGGGGAGAUAGAGCCCCAUCUAAAGAAGCUCCAUGACAAGUACGGGCCCAUGAUAACCAUCCACCAAGGCGCUGAGCGCCAUGUCUUCAUUGCCGGACAUGACAUUGCUCACCAGACACUCAUCAAGAAUGGCCUUGCUUUCGGCCACCGUCUCCCUUCUGCUCCAGAGAACUUCCGCCUCUUUGGGGGAGAUGCAUCAGAGCCUUUCAUCGGAUUCACUGAUUGUGGCCCUCUCUGGAAUCUCUUCCGCCGCAAUCUUGCAUCCAAGAUUCUCAGCCCCACCAGUCUUAGCUCCUUUGCUGGUGCCCGCAAGGAAAUCAUCAAGAAACUGAGUCACAAGCUCAAAGAAGAAACGGGUGGGGUUGAAGGUGUCGUCCAUCCUCUCGAGAUCUUUCGACAUGUAUUAUUUUCUCUUGCCUUGUUCAUGUGCUUUGGAGAGAAGCUUGAUGACGAGGCUGUGGCCGAACAACUGGAAGCAAUACGGUUAAGUCAUCAGAAUUUGAAUAGGUUCAUGGUCUUCCAUAUAUUCCCAAAAUUCGGCAAGUACCUCUUCCCCAAACGGUGGAAGGAGAUGCUGGUCAUCCGCCAUAGACUCCUCACAAACCUUGUUCCUUUGGUACAAACCAGAACCCAUAAAAUGGAGGAAAUCAAGAAAGAUGGCGUCUUUUCUUACGCAGAUUCACUCAUUGAGUUAGAGCUUCCGGGAGGUGGAAAGCUCAGGGAGUCGGAGGUCACUACGCUCUGCUACGAAUUUCUCACUGCCGGUGUUUCCACCGUAGUAUCGUCAUUGCAAUGGGCGAUGGCGAACCUGGUCAAAUACCCAAAUGUACAGGCCAAGUUGUAUGAGGAGAUUGAGAGAGUCACCGAGGAAAAUGGAGGAAUAAUCAAAGAGGAGGAUUUGAAGAAAAUGCCUUAUCUCAAGGCAGUGAUCUUGGAGACGCUUCGGAUGCAUCCACCCAUACAUACAUUGCUUCCGCAUAGGGUUUCUGAGGACAUAAGCUUGGAAGGAUACAUCAUACCUAAGAAUACAUUCGUGAAUUUUAUGCUGGUAAGCAUGGGGUUGGAUGAUAAGGUCUGGGAAAAUCCACUCGAGUUCAAGCCAGAGAGGUUUUUGGGAGGUAGGGAAACCGUUGAUCUUACUGGAACCAGGGAGAUCAAGAUGAUCCCAUUCGGCGCAGGAAGGAGAGUCUGCCCAGGUAUUGGACUUGGAAUGCUGCAUCUGGAAUACAUGGUGGCCCACCUGAUUAAGGAGUUUGAGUGGAAGGGCGUGACAGGAGAUGAAGUGGAUAUGGCUGAGACUAUGGAGAUGGAGAUAGACUACGUUAUGAAGAAACCCUUGAAAGCUUAUAUAGUGCCAAGAAAGUGA